GAGGGGGGCUGUUCGCUCCUCGGCGCAGAGCGAGGCGCAGUGGACGAGCGGGGAGCCGGGAGCGCGCGUUAAGGAAGGAAGGGAAAGGAAGGAGAACUAGCCUCACCAGUCGACAGCGGAGCCACAGACGGCGGAUGAGCGGAGCCGAGUGCGUGUUCAUCGAUCUUGUCGUUUCCCAAGUCGUUUCCCACAGCAGCUGAAAGCAGCGUUCGGCCGCCCGGAGCCUGUCCGCAACAUGAUGCUCAAACUCCUCCACCUCCUCGGGAUGCUCGUCUGCAGCAGCCAAGCCGCCCUGCAGGUUUCCAUAUCCUUGAACAAAGUGGAGUUAAGUGUCGGAGAGUCCAAAUUCUUCAUCUGCACAGCUAUUGGCGAGCCAGUGAGGCUGGAGUGGUACAACCCCCAGGGCGAGCGCAUCGUGCAAUCCAAGCGGAUGACGCUUCACACGGAGAUGUCGCGGUCCAGGCUUAUCAUUUACAACGCCAUCAUUGAGGAUGCAGGUAUCUACCGCUGCCAGGCCACGGACGCCAGCGGUCAUACCGAGGAGUCCUCGGUCGUGCUGGAGAUCUACCAGAGGCUGACGUUUCAGGAUGUUCAGUCACCGCAGGAGUUCCGCCACGGUGAGACGGCGGAGGUGGUGUGUGAUGUCAUUAGCUCACCGGUGCCCGUGGUGGUGUGGUACUACCAGGAUAAGGAAAUCACAGAGGAGCACCGCAACAAGUUCCAGGUGCUGCCGAACAACAACCUGCAGAUCUAUCAGGUGACCAAGGCCGAUGAGGGCGUGUACCGCUGCGAGGCGAGCGUAGAGGCCCGCGGAGAGAUCGAUUUUGUGGACAUCGCUGUCGUGGUCAACGUCCCUCCGGUGCUGUCUGUGUUCCAGCAGUCCUUCAAUGCCACAGCUGACUACCAAGAAUCCAUCACGUUUACUUGCAUCACCUCUGGAUCUCCGGACCCCGUGGUCACGUGGCACAGGAAAGGGCAGCAGCUGGAGCCAUCGGAGCAGUACUUCUUCAACCGGCUGGAAGGAGGCCGUGGCAUGUUAACCAUCCACAACAUCCGGCAAGGUGACGGGGGCACGUACUCCUGCAAGGCCACCAACAAGGCAGGAUCACAGGAGAGGGAGCUCUUCCUCAAAGUGUUCGUCCAGCCUCACAUCACCCAGCUGAAGAAUGUGACAGCCGUGGAGGGCAGCGCCGCCAUGAUCUCCUGCGUGGCCGAGGGCGAGCCUCUGCCCGACAUUUCCUGGAAGAGAGCCAGCGACGGCCACACCUUCGUGGACGGGGACAAGAGACAGGACGGACGCUUUGAGGUCCGUGGACGCCACGGCAAGUCUGUGCUGACGAUCAGCGGCGUGAGGCUCGCCGACUUGGGCCGCUUCGACUGCGAGGCGCUGAGCCGCAUCGGAGGUCAUCAGAAGAGCAUGUUCCUGGACAUCGAGUACAUACCAAAGUUCCUGACCAAUCACACCAUCUAUUAUUCAUGGGAGGGGAACCCGGUGAACAUAAGCUGUAUUGUGAUGUCCAACCCUCCCGCCACCAUGCUGUGGAGGCGAGAGCGCCUCACCAUCUCCGCAGAGGGAACUGCUAACACGCGGGUGCACAGUGAGGAGGGCAAGUCUGUGCUGGAGGUGACUCCGAUGUCUGACAGGGAUUUCGGCCGCUACAACUGCACAGCGAGGAACAACAUUGGAGUUCGAUACCAGGAGUUCAUUCUGGCGCAGGCAGACGUGCCGUCGAAUCCAUACUCCGUGCGUCUCUCGGCAGUCUCCCAGCGCCUGGCGACCGUCACCUUCAUGAAGCCCGACUCGCACGGUGGCGUGCCCAUCAGCUACUACCUGGUGCAGUACAAGGAAGUGGGCUCACAGGAAUGGAGGGACAUUAAGUCACACAGCGUUCAGAUGACAGUGGUGCUGACGGGGCUGGAGCCCAACACGACGUACGAGGUCCGAGUGGCGGCCGUCAACGGCAAAGGUCAGGGGGAGUUCAGCCACACGGAGACCUUCCAGACUUUACCCAUCCGGGAGCCGAGUCCGCCGGCAGUCCACGGGCAGAGGGGAAUGGGCAAGGCCUACAGGCUGGGGCUGGUCAAGCAGGAUGAUGGGGGGAUGCCCAUCGUGGAGUAUAUAAUCAAGUACAAGACGGAUAAAGAGGAGCAGUGGAUGACCAAGCUUGUUCCCGGAGCGAAUGAUUUCGCGAUGCUUCAGCCGCUGCAGUGGAACACGAGAUAUGAAGUGGAAAUCACAGCGCGCAAUGUCAAGGGCCUGUCGGAGCCGACUUUCUAUCAGUUCUUCAUGCCACAGAAACCUGAUAUUACAGCAGAAUCCCUGUUCAGUGGCCUGGGGCUGGGUGCGGUGGUGGGCCUCGGCCUGGGAGUGCUCCUUCUGCUUCUCGUGCUGGUCGACGUCAGCUGCUUCUUCCUGCGUCACUGCGGUCUGCUGAUGUGCAUCACGCGCACACUGUGCAGCAAGAAAACAGCCACCAGUGGCAAGGGCAAAGAAAUGGAGGAGGGCAAGGCUGCCUACCUGUACACCUACAACAGCCGCCCAACCACCUUUUCAACCACAGAAGCUACCGUUGAAGGAAGAAAAUGGGAAAGAGUCUCUCAAGCCGGAUACGAUUGAAAUCAAAGUGCACAGUGACAACAGCCUCCACACAAAACUUGACGACAGCAAGGCGUAAGAAUAAAAGAGAAGAGAGGAGGAGACGGGUCGGUCCCCUCGCCACCAAAAGAACAUUCGGAUCACGAGACCAAAACCCAAACAAACUACAUCACUGGAAAAUAGUGGAGUAAAAUACCAUAUCUGUUUAUAACGAUGCCCUGAAUGAAAGGCAUGUGUAAAUACAAAUAAUAAAGAGAAAAUAGAAAGGAGGAAAGGGUCAACCUUUUAGACACCCUGAGUGAUAAAUGUAUCAUGUUCUUGUAAACAUGGCGUCAGUGGAAGGCUCUUGUUGAUCAAUGAUUGUAGAUUGGUUUUUUUGCUCGUCUCACUUUUUGCCCAUGUGUUUUAAUGUUUUUUUAAAUUCUGAUUCUUCUUUCCAUUCUUUUCCCUUUUUUUAUGACAGUCAUGUCAUUAAAUGGCGAUGCCUCUGUCGUCGUCAGCCCACCCCACCACAACAACUUCUCAGGCCCCUCACGCGAUCACGAAUGCAAGCGGAUGCUAUUCUGCCCCCGAAGCUCACGCCCCUAAUGCUCUCGCUUUUUGUCUGUUGGAGCAAUAGCUGCGGGAUAUAACGAUGAUUUAAACCCAAUGUCCUGUCCCUGCGCCUGAGCGUCUCACUUCAGCAACCUUUUUUUUUUUCUAAUAGCCAAAUAGCUAAUUCUCUGUUUAAUGAGAGGCACAUACAAGGGGUAGCGUCGUGUUUCAGGCUAGCUGGCUUCAAAAACAAAAGGAGAAGCGCUGCUAACGAGAUUCGAGGCUUAACUUGUAGGGGCCAUUUGGAACAUUUAAAAUGUGUCUUUGUCGUGAAUUAUUAAGAAGAAUCUGGGCUUUAUCUGAUGAUUAAUGUCGUCUGAAAAAGGGGCUGUUGUGGAUUAAAGUUUGUUUUGUCUAGGCAAAUAAUUGAAAUCUAGGCAAAUAGAAAGAGUGCGUUGCAGCCUGUAAAACAGCACAUGUGCAUUAAUGUCAGCCUUUUGUAUUGAACACAAAAUAUUGUUGAUGCGCUUCAACUGUUACAUUCUCCAACAUGUGUUUUACUCGUGUGUGUUCAUCUGCUUACAGAGGGUUUAACUGAACUGCCAGCCAACGUGCACUUUGGUACACAACUUGGAAAAAAAAGAUGGUUUCAUGCCGAGAUACGUCACCAUUACUCUGAAUGAUGUCGCGUCAUAGUUUCUAUAUGUAAAGGCAAAGAAAAGCAGAGUAUCCUCAUGGGAAAUAAGUCAACAUAUUUACGUUGAUGAUUAAAUCAUUGUAUUUUCUGUUCUUGGUCUGAUCGCUGUUCUCUCUGAUAUUGUCACGUGUUGUACAUAGGUGGAAAAAAAAGAAUAUUUUACAAAGCUUUUAUGUAAAUAUACUCUAAAGGAUGUCUUGUUUUUUGUUCAAAAUGCAGCAGGCUCUUUUUUCUUUAAUUUUGUGAACACUGCCCACACGAAAAGCUGUGGAUGUCCUGCAUAUGUUGUGUUUUGGUCAGAAGUGAUGGUGUAAUAUUUGCUUUUUAAUAUUUACUUUCCCUUAAGAAAUUUAACAGCAUUGUAAUGGAGGCAUUAGUGUGCCUUCUUUCUUUUUCUUUCUCCUCCACACUAGUGGGCCCAAUGCCGCUGCAGCACUGUCAACCAUCAAAGGAACUUUUGAUUGUCACGUCGCUGCUUCUUUUCUCUUUCGCUGCCACAGAAUGAAUUUUAGCGUGAUGCUGUGAAUUCCUGGAAAUAUCGUAAGACUGUGGGUCGUAGUCGCCAACACUGGACAGAAACAGACAUGCUUAACUACCUAGCGCAACUAUAUGUCAGGUUGACGCUGUGAAUUCAAUCUGGUUUUACCGCCAUGUAGUGUGCAUACAUGCGUGAGUAGUUGAAUGCACUUGUCUGAAUGAAUCAGGUCGCAUGUAUGUCUGUUGAAUGUAUCUGCACGUACUGUAAGUCAGACUGAGUGUGUGUGUGCCCACUUUUCACAGUAAGAGUCUCAAUUAGUAAUAGUUAAAAUCCCAACAUCUCGCUAUAAUACUUUUGCUAUAAUUCACCUGUUGAUUUUGUUAAUUAUUUAUUUAUAUUCUACACUUUUCCAGCUACCUGAGGCCCUGCGAGUCAUAUGUAAACAUGCCGAGUGUGAAUAUCCAUGUGCGGCGCUUGCGACGACAGUCUACUCAAAUGUCGCGAGCCCUCACGUGGCGUUUUGGAGUGCACUCUGAUGGGUAAAACCUGAUUAGGUACUUCUUGACAAUGAUUAAUUCCCCAGGAUGCAGCACUCUGCACACGUGUCUGCAAGCCCCACUGCUCCCUGCCUCUCUUGAAUCCAUUGGUUUUUUUCUCGGCCCCCGUAGCGCUGGCUUUGUUUUCUCACAGUGAGCCCUUGUACCUGCAUAUCUCAAACCAAUGGUCCUGCCAUGGAGUGGUUCCGCUGCCUGUUACGAUGACUGUAAAUAUGGGAGCACAGUGCCUGGAGGCUAUACGAUUUGUACAUGUUCUUUUGUAUUUGAAUAUGAGUCUAAAUCCCCCCUUUCCCCUUCGCCCUAACCACCCCCCUCCCCUGUCCCCUCCCUCUCUGUCUCCUCCACCAUGCCUUUUCUCUGUAAAGGGGUAAUACAGGUGUGUUUGAGCUCAGUGUACAGUAUGUGUCCUUUUUGUCCCCCCCACCCAUGCCCCCUGCAUCCCCUCGGACUGUCCCCGCUGAGUUUGCUUUGUGCAGGAGGUGGGAUCUAGUGAUGUCUCUCUGUAAGUACUUGUGACUCCUGUCAUUUGCCGCUGUAAAUAAACAUG